AUGGAACAUUAAAAUUAUUGUACAACAGAAAAUGGAGUAAGAGUUUGUAAUGUUAGUUCAACAUUACCUAAUAGUGCAGCAGAAAAUAUUUUGAUUUAAGAAAGAAAAGUAUGAUAUGAAUUAAAAAUUUAGGCAUUAUGGAUGUCUUUAGCAGGAUUACCUCAAUAUAUAACUUUAGAUUUAUCUUAAGUUUAAGAAAGACCAAAAUUUAUUAAAUGUUUUGGGUUUGAUUGUUGGCAUGAUUAUUAAAGUAAUCCAUCAGUGAUUGAAUUAAUGGUAUCAUUAAAUGGUGAAAAUUUUAUUACUUGGACAACUUUAUAUCCUGAAUUGAAAUAAGGAAUAUAAUUAUUUUAAAUAGAUCCUUUAGGAACUAGAUAUCAAUUUAUAAAGAUUAUAAUAAAGGAAACAUUUGGUGCAUCUAAAACUUAUUUAAAUUAAGUAUAUUUACUUGAAGAAUAUGCUAUGAUAAGUACAGAAAGUGUAACUGAAUCUUAACAAUAGACUGAAAAUAACAAUAGUUAAUAUAAAUAAUAAUUUGAAAAAGAAGAAUUAGAUCAUCAUGAAAGAUCAGAUAGAAUGGAUAGAUUUGAAAGAAUGGAAAGAAAUGAUAAUAGAAAUGAUAAUAGAAAUGAUAGAAAUGAUAAUAGAAAUGAAAGAUAAGAUAUGAAAAUGAAUGAAUAUCAUGAUUUAGCUUAAAAGAUUCAUAGUAUGGGAAGAGAAGUAGCUAGUUUGAAAUAGAGUCAUUAAUAAGGAAAAUCAAGUUAAUCAUAAACUAAAUAAGGAUUUCAUAAAAGUAAUAUUACAGAAGAUAUUCCUGAAUCUUUUUAAAGAUUAACAUCAACUGAAAGAAUGGUAUUAGAUAUUUAGAGUAAAAAUUUAAGUGAAAUAAAUAUUUUAAAAAAAGAUGUUUAAGAUUGGAAAGAUAAAUGUGAAUAAUUAGAGAGUCAAGUUUAACGAUUAUUUAAAUUGUUUACUUAAAUAAAAGAUAAAUAAUAAGAAUAAGAAGAUUCAAUCCAUAAAUAUAUUUAGUAGAAUUAAAGUGAAGUGAGUUUUGAUGCUAAUAAAAGAUAGGGUUAUAAUAAUAAUGGUUAAAUAACUCAAUAAUAAACUUAACAGUCAUAAUAAAUGACUCCAACAUAAUAACCAUAAUAAUAAUAAUAAUAAACUAGUAAGUUUGAAGAAGUAAUUGAUAAGAAAAUAAGUGAACUUUCUGGUAACUUCUAAACCUUAUUUUAAUAAUAAGAAUCUAAGUUUAAGAAUCAGCAAAAAGAGAUGAUCAAGAGCUUCAAAGAUUAUAUUUAAUAAGAAUAAUAAUAAGAAAAAUAUAGAGAAUAUGAAAAAAAGAAACCUCUUUCUAGAGGAAGGUAAAAAGAGAAGUCUGUUUCAAAAUCAUCAUCUAAUAAAUCAUCACAUAGUUCUUCUAGUAGUUCUAUAAUUAAUUUCAUCAAGUCAAAGAAAGCUUAAUCAAAAUCAAGGUAAUAAUCUAAAUCACAUUUGAAAUCAGUGCCUAGAUCAAGAUCUCCUGUUGAUUCUAAAGAAAAUGAUAGAUAUGAAAAUAAUAGAUUAUCACCUAAAUAAAGAAAAGUGGCUACAUUACUAGGAAAGUUAUAAGAGAAACUAUAAAAAAGAGUAAAUAAAUUUAAUUUAUAAAUUAGGCUAAAAAAAUAGAAUAGUUAAAUUUAUCAUAGAGAAAGACAAAAAAGAGGGGCAGUAUUUAGAAUUCUAUGGAUUAGUCCAAUUCAUCUGAUUAUUGA